AUGUUUCCACUUCCCUUUAGAGAGCUGAAUCUGAUGAAGCAGCAAAAUCUCAGUCUCAUGAAUCUUCUUCAUCAUUUUUUCCCAGAAAUAAGAAAACUGGGACCAAUAAACUGUGACUCCUACAAAGUGGUGUUGAUCUUUGAUGGUCUGGAUGAGUGUCGACUUCCUCUAAAUUUCCAGAAGAAUGAGAGAUUGUGUGAUGUGACAGAGUCAGCCUCAGUGGAUGUGCUGCUGACGAACCUCAUCAAGGGGAAUCUGCUUCCCUCUGCUCACCUCUGGAUAACCACAAGACCAGGAGCAGCCAAUCAGAUCCCUCCUGAGUGUGUAGACCAGGUAACAGAGAUACGAGGCUUCAGUGAUCCUCAGAAAGAGGAGUACUUCAGGAAGAGGAUCAGUGAUCAGAGCCUGGCCGAUAAAAUCAUCAGACACCUGAAGUCUUCAAGAAGCCUCUACAUCAUGUGCCACAUCCCAGUCUUCUGCUGGAUCUCAGCCACUGUUCUAGAGAGAAUGUUGGGUGAAGCAGAGGGUGGAGAGAUCCCCAAGACUCUGACUCAAAUGUUCACACACUUCCUGAUCUUUCAGAUCAAACACAAGGAAAAAAAGUACCUUCAGAGAUGUGACCCUGAUCCUCAGCAGACCAGAGAGAGUAUCAUGGCACUGGGAAAACUGGCUUUCCACCAGCUGGAGAAAGGAAACCUGAUCUUCUAUGAGGAAGACCUGAGAGAGUGUGGCAUUGAUGUCAGAGAAGUGUCAGUGUACUCAGGAGUGUGUACCCAGAUCUUCAGAGAGGAGUUUGGUCUUCACCUGGGGAAGGUGUUCAGCUUUGUACAUCUGAGUGUUCAGGAGUUUCUGGCUGCUUUAUAUGUAUUUUUCAGCUUCAUUUUUAGAAAGACAAAUGUGCUUGUGGAGCAAAGAACAGGAUCUGUUUUAGAAAAUAUCAGAAGAAUGAUUUUUAAUUCCUUCAGAAAUCCAAACAUGUCUGAUCUCCUCAGGAGUUCAGUAGACAAAGCCUUACAGAGUGAGAAUGGACACCUGGACCUGUUCCUCCGCUUCCUUCUGGGUCUCUCACUGGAGUCCAAUCAGACUCUCUUACGAGACUUAAUGUCACCGACAGGAAGCAGAUCUCACAGCAAACAGGAAACAGUGGAGUACAUCAAGGAGAAGAUCAGGGAGAAUCCAUCUCCAGAGAAAUCCAUCAAUCUUUUCCACUGUCUGAAUGAACUGAAUGAUCAUUCACUAGUGCAGGAAGUACAAACUUACCUGAAAAGAGAAGGUUACAGUAGUCUCAGUGACACCAGACUCUCUCCAGCUCAGUGGUCAGCUCUGGUGUUUGUGUUACUGAACUCAGAAGAGGAGCUGGAUGAGUUUGAUUUGUAUAAAUAUGAUCCAUCACAUGAAUGUCUUCUGAUGCUGCUGCCAGUGGUCAAAGCCUCCAGAAAAGCUGAUCUAAUUAAGUGUAAUCUGACAGAGGAAAGCUGUAGAGUUCUGUCCUCAGUUCUCAGCUCAAAAUCCUCCAGUCUGAGACAUCUGGACCUGACUAAGAAUAAACUGCAGGAUUCAGGAGUGAAGCUGCUCUGUGAUGGACUGAAGGAUCCAAACUGUAGACUGGAGAUACUGAGUCUGUGGGACUGUGAUCUGACAGAGGAAAGCUGUAGAGUUCUGUCCUCAGUUCUCAGCUCAAACUCCUGCAGUCUGAGACAACUGAACCUGAGUCACAAUAAACUGCAGGAUUCAGGAGUGAAGCUGCUCUGUGAUGGACUGAAGGAUCCACACUGUAAACUGGAGAUACUGAAGAUGUAUAAUUGCAGUAUUACAGAUGAAGGUUGUGCUGCUCUGGCUUCAGCUCUGAGGUCAAACUUCUCAUCACACCUGAGAGAACUGCAUCUGCUCAGUAAUAAUCCAGGAGAAUCAGGAGCGAAGCUGCUCUCUGAUCUACUGAAGGAUCCACACAGUACACUGAAGACACUAGACAUUAAGCCUAAGAAACUCCCCAGGCCUGGUAUAUGACAGGAGUCUCUCCUCGGACCUUUUUUCCAGGAUAAAUCAGUUAUGGUGGUGAAGCGUUAGAACACGUCCCACAUUUCCAGCAGUUGGGGAGCUGAAUCAUUCAUAUUCAGAUGUAGAAGAUCCAGAACAAUAACUGAAAGAGAUCAGUGUCACUGUUUCCCAAAUGUUUUUGUCACGACACAGUUUUGAUUUAUAAAACAUCCCACGGCAGACGGCAAACCACUAAGCUUUAAAAUUAAUUGCACAAACAUGCUUCAUUGCUUCAGGUUGCAUAUUAAAAUUGGACAUAAUCCUACAUUAAAAUGACAUUUAAUGUGAAAUUUGAGCUGAAGUCAAGUAGGAAUAAGUUAGUUACACGCUGUUGCUGCUGAUAAAACAACAAAUUUAGGCUACAUAUCAUUGCUGUCAGGUGGAAACCUCGUAUUUUUUAAAUAAUUAUGUGUCAUCAAAAUUGGUAUCAUGGCUUUAUAUAUGGUCAGACAAGUGCGUCAUUAUAUUAACAUCUUAUGUAAACAGCUGCAUCUGAGGCAAUAAGUGCAUUUUUUCAACUUACAGGAUAUAAAGUGUAUUGUAAUCGCUGUUUUUGUUGUUGAAUACAUGUGGACAAUAUGUCAUGAUUUAAAAGGUAAAACAGUACUUAAAACAGUAUUGGCUACUAGGAAAUAUGACAAAAACUCUAAAUAAAAAAACAUUCGUCUUUAUCAGUGUUGUACUGUAACAAAGUACAAAUACUUCGUUAGAAAUAUGAAAGUAGAAAUGUCACGUAUCUGUACUUUACUUCGCUAUUUAAAUUUGUCAACUUUCACUUUUACUCCACUACAUUUCCGAGAUAAAAUGUAAACUUUU